AUGAAAACUUCCAUGGCAAGCAACAUAGCAGAAAGGGUGCAAUAUCCAUUAGACUCUUCCUCCUACAAGAUCAUAGACGAGAUUGGCGCCGGUAACAGCGCUGUCGUCUACAAAGCAAUCUGCAUCCCUAUAAAUUCCACACCAGUUGCUAUAAAAUCCAUAGACUUAGAUCGUUCACGCCCUGACCUUGACGAUGUUCGACGUGAAGCGAAGACAUUAUCGCUUCUUUCUCAUCCCAACAUCCUCAAAGCUCACUGUUCCUUCACGGUGGACCGCCGCCUUUGGGUGGUUAUGCCUUUUAUGGCAGGAGGUUCAUUACAGUCCAUAAUCUCGCACUCUUUCCAAAACGGCUUAACCGAGCAAUCCAUAGCAGUUAUUCUCAAAGACACUCUCAAUGCUCUUUCUUACCUUCAUGGACAAGGUCACCUUCAUAGAGAUAUCAAAUCUGGUAACAUCCUUGUUGACUCAAAUGGAUUAGUGAAACUGGCUGAUUUUGGUGUUUCUGCUUCCAUUUAUGAAUCAAACAACUCUGUAGGAGUAUGUGCUUCUUAUUCAUCUUCAUCUUCUAAUUCUUCUUCUUCUCUUAUGUUUACUGAUUUUGCUGGAACACCUUAUUGGAUGGCUCCUGAGGUUAUUCAUUCUCAUAAUGGUUACAGUUUCAAAGCUGAUAUUUGGUCUUUUGGGAUAACUGCUUUGGAGCUAGCACAUGGAAGACCACCACUUUCUCAUCUUCCGCCUUCUAAGUCAAUGAUGCUUAACAUUACCAAGAGGUUUAGGUUUUCUGAUUUUGAUAAAUAUAUUUAUAAGGGUCAUAGUGGUGGAAGCAAUAAAUUUUCUAAGGCUUUUAAGGAUAUGGUUGCUUCUUGUUUGAAUCAAGAUCCUACAAAAAGACCUUCAGCUGAGAAGUUGCUUAAGCAUUCGUUCUUUAAAAACUGUAAGGGACCAGAGUUUUUGGUGAAGAAUGUGUUGAAUGGUUUGCCUAGUGUGGAGAAAAGGUAUAAAGAGAUCAAAGUUACAAUGGGUGCAGACUCAAAGGGCAGUGAUGAUGGUGAUGAUGAGGACUCAGUGGUGAAUGUGAAGCAGAGAAGAAUUAGUGGUUGGAAUUUCAAUGAAGAUGGGUUGAAACUUGAGCCGGUAUUCCCAAAGGAUCAGUGCAGAGAAGAUCAUGAUGUGGUGAAACAAGUUCGGUUUGAAGAAGAAAAUGCAAUCCAAGAGGAGGAAGAUGUUGCAUCAUCAGGAACUGUGACUGAAACAACAAACCUCAAUGCUUCUGAUGAGGUUGAUAUCGAUGCUGUUAGUGGUGUUGUGAAGAACCGUGAAGCUACGUUGGCGACUCUGAGUGUGUUGAAAGGGAGCUUGGAACAAGAACUGGGACAGGUGAAGUUUCUGAUGAGCCUAAUUGGUGGAAAUGGAGAGGAGAAUCAUGUGGCCGAUAGCGAGGAGAAAACGGUGCAGGAGAUAUCUAAGUUGAGGAUGGAGUUAGAAACUGAGAGGAAGAAGAAUUUGCAGUUGGAGCUGCAGCUUGAGAAUAUCAAGCUUCACCUAAUUUCUUCUACUGUCAAUAGUCCUACAAGCUAA